AUGCCCAUCGGAAGGCUUUUAAGACUCUCAAACUUAGCUCGAACUGGCAUACUAAAAUCCAAAUUACUUUUGUGGAAUAGUAGAAAGAUGGCGUCUAUCAUUCCAACAGGCUCUGACGCCGCCCAAGUGGCCACAUUGAAGCGACCUGUAAGGGACACCGCAGUCGUCGAUGUCAGACCUAACAAGACUAGAAAGGUUAAGCUAAGAAGAUACAAGGCGAAGAAAGUAGAUGAGACGUCUCCAUUGGGCGUUUUACAAUUAGAAAUCGAGGAGCUCUUAGCAAAAGAGGGUCUCACCAAAGCACAGGUUGAAAAUGACAUGGUAGCAGUCCUAAAUCACAAAACGAGCACAGGAGAGCCGGUGAGUUCGCAAUACCAUCGCGAGGUUGCCGGAGUGCCUGUUUUGCUAAUUGGUGCCAGUGGUGAUGGUCUGGCACUCAUAGAUAAUCCGGUGCAGACUGACAAAAAGCAGGUUGUGGUGAUCCCAUUCGCGCUUCCUGGCGAUGUGGUGACAAUCAAGGUUUUUAAGACACACCCGCACUAUGUGGAGAGUGAUCUACUGGAGGUGACGCACAACUCGGACCUCAGACAAGAUGAUCUCAUCAAAUGUAAAUAUUUCGGGAAAUGUGCCGGAUGUCAAUUUCAAUUUCUGUCAUACGACAAGCAACUCACGCUAAAGAGAGACACAGUUUACAAUGCUUACAAGUUUUUUGCUCCCAAGCUACUGGCUGAUGGUUUGGUGCCGGAAAUUGGCGAUACCGUGCCAUCUCCAAAGAUCUUUGAUUACCGUACUAAGUUGACCCCACACUUUGACAUGCCAAAGAAGCUAAACAGGCUAGAAGAGAGACCGCCGCUUGGUUUUGGACAAAAGGGUAGACCAAGCUGGCGCAAAAGCGAUGCUGGGGGCUCCAAGAGCAUUCUCGACAUCGAAGAGUGCGUUAUUGGAACAGAAAUUCUGAACCGCGGUAUGACCAACGAACGGAAAAACUUCGAGCGCGACUACAAGGAGUACAAACGUGGUGCCACCAUUCUACUGAGGGAGAACACUCGUGUGCUAGAUCCAAGCAAAGGCGUGGAGGAACAACUGGAUGAAGCGUCCCGGGAUUUCGACACGGGCAACACGACGUUUGUGGAGCUCAAAGAAGACAAGCCACUGGCCAAGACCUGCGUCACAAACUCGAGGCAGGUGGUAACGGAGUACAUCAACGGCUACACUUUUGAGUUCUCCGCGGGCGAGUUUUUCCAGAAUAACAACAGCAUAUUGGGCAAGGUGACCGAGUACGUGUGCAGCAAUUUGCAGAUCCACGACUCGAAGCCUGAAGACCCUCACUACCUGGUGGACGCGUACUGCGGCUCGGGGCUGUUCAGCAUCACAGCGUCCAAGGGCGUGGACAAGGUGAUCGGGGUCGAGGUUUCUGCGGACUCCGUGGCGUUUGCAGAGAGAAACGCGCGUGCGAACGGCGUGGAAAACUGCAAGUUCGUGGUUGGCAAGGCCGAGUGUAUUUUUGCGUCCAUCGACACGCCUCACGACCGGACGUCUGUGAUUCUGGAUCCUCCCAGGAAGGGCUGCGACGAUGUGUUUCUGAAGCAACUGGCUGAGUACAACCCGGCCCGGAUAGUGUAUAUUUCGUGCAAUGUGCAUUCACAGGCCCGGGACAUGCAGUACUUUUUGCAAGAGACGGAGAACGGGCCCAAGUAUCGGAUCGAAAGCGUGCGUGGGUUCGAUUUCUUUCCCCAGACCCACCACGUCGAGAGUGUGUGCGUGUUAAGUAGAAUUUGA